CUCUCUCCCUACUUUUCUCUACAAUACUCUUGUUCUUCUUUUAUUAUUUCAUAACACAUUUCUCAUACUACAUGCCUUAGUUUUUAAAAUCCAAUUUGUCCACGUUUCCCAGUUUUAAAGACAAUACCUUGCACUGUCUUCAUUCUCAAGGAAAUAACCAGUUGGUCCAUUUCAAGUUGGUCUUACAAUAAUGACAACAUCGCCUUUAACAAGUUUAGAUUUUUUGAAACUCUGAUUCCAAAUUCUAUUAUGGCUGUCCUAAAAGAAGGGAGCAGACCACCAUGGGUAGGACUUGCUGCUGCUGUUUGGGUACAAAUAGCAGCUGGUAACGCUUACACUUUCCCACUCUAUUCCCCUGCUUUGAAAUCAGUGUUGGGUUUUAGUCAGCAACAGUUGACUAUUAUUGGAGUUGCUAAUGAUAUUGGGGAGAACGUUGGCAUUCUUCCAGGCAUAGCUUGCAACAAGCUCCCACCUUGGGUUAUUUUGCUUGUUGGCGUUUGCCUUUCUUUCUUUGGCUAUGGCGUUCUUUGGCUUUCUGUUAGCCAAACUGUGCUCUCCUUGCCUUAUUGGGUUCUUUGGCUUGCACUGGUGGUUGCUACAAACAGCAGUGCAUGGAUGGGCACAGCGGUACUUGUCACCAAUAUGAGGAACUUCCCUCUCAGUAGAGGCACUGUUGCUGGAAUACUGAAAGGUUAUGUUGGUCUGAGUGGUGCAGUUUUCACAGAGAUCUUUGCUAUGGUUCUUAACGAUUCAGCUUCGGAGUUAUUGCUCUUUCUAGCAUUGGGAAUUCCCAUCAUCUGUUUGGUCAUGAUGUACUUUAUCCGGGCUUGCACACCAGCUUCCGGCGAGGAUUCCUCAGAGCAUGUCCAUUUUCUUUUCACACAAGCAGCAAAUCUCUUGCUUGCAGUUUAUCUUCUCACUACAACAAUUUUGAAGAGCACGCUAUCUCUAAAUAGUUCCAUCUCCUAUAUUCUUGCUGGAGUAAUGGUUAUUUUCUUGAUGUCUCCUCUAGCAAUUCCUGUGAAGAUGACACUGUUUCCGUCUCUUCAUAAGAGAUCUGGAAAAUUAGAUGGUUCCUCAAACAAUUUGACUGAAGAAGAAGUCAGUUCCAGCCAAACAGCGUCCUUAUUAACUCCAAUUUCAUCAGAAGCAGACCUUGGGAGCUUUCAUGAAGGUGAAGAUGUUUCUGAGGUGGACAUGCUGCUGGCCGAGGGCGAGGGUGCAGUGAAGAAGAAAAGGAAACCUAGAAGAGGGGAAGACUUCAAGUUUCGUGAAGCUGUUGUUAAAGCUGACUUCUGGCUUCUGUGGGUAGUAUACUUCCUGGGUGUUGGGUCUGGCGUAACUGUUCUUAAUAAUUUAGCACAGAUUGGAGUUGCACUUGGUGUAAAUGACACAACGAUAUUGCUGAGUUUGUUCAGCUUCUGCAAUUUCUUGGGCCGUCUUGGGGCAGGUGUUGUUUCUGAACACUUCGUGAGGUCAAAAACAAUUCCACGGACAUUUUGGAUGAUGAUAACACAAAUCAUCAUGAUUUUAACAUUCCUUCUGUAUGCUUCAGCUCUGAGUGGUACUCUCUAUGCUGCGACCGCGUUGCUAGGAAUUUGCUUCGGUGUUCAGUUUGGUGUCAUGAUUCCAACUGCCUCUGAGCUUUUUGGCUUGAAACAUUUUGGUAUAAUAUUCAACUUCAUGCAGCUCGGCAACCCUAUCGGAGCACUUCUGUUUUCUGGUCUACUGGCUGGUUAUGUCUAUGACGCAGAGGCAGGAAAGCAACAAGGACCCCACUGUCUGGGCGCAAAUUGCUUUAGACUCACAUUCCUGGCUUUAGCAGGAGUUUGUGCCUUUGGCGCAUUCUUGAGCAUGAUCUUGACCAUCAGAAUUAGACCAGUUUACCAGAUGUUGUAUGCUGCUGGUUCUUUCCGUGUGGCCCAGGAUUCUGAUCACUGAUUGGUAAUGCAUUACUUUAAUUAAUCGUUCAA